CUCUCUCCUCUCUCCUCUCUCCUCUGUGGACGGAUUCUUUAUAACCAACCCUGUUCUCCAAUUCUCCUCCACUCUCUCUGGAGAAACCUCUCUCAACUUGAACGCCCAGCAGCCAUGGACGAAGAAACCAUUUGCCCUUCAGAUACCGAUCUAGACUUCAGCUUCACCAGCUGUACUUCCAAUACCUCCACUGAUCGCCGCACCUUCACCUCAUCUAGUGCUCGCAGCAGUCUCACCCUCAGCUUCAACGAGUCCCGCCUCUCCACCACCACCACCAACUCCGGAGCACGACACCACCAGAUCAGAUCCAACCCACAUUGGUCCGCAAUUAACGCCGCCACCAACCUCUCCUCCGACGGCUCCUUACGCCUCCACCACCUUAAGCUCAUCCGCCACAUCGGCACCGGCAACCUUGGCCGUGUCUUCCUCUGCCGUAUAAAGGACUACGAUGGCGAUAACUUCGCCCUUAAGGUGGUCGAUAAAGAAGCCCUUACAGCCAAGAAGCUCUCCCACGUCCAGAUGGAAUCUCAAAUUCUCUCCACCGUCGAUCACCCAUUCCUUCCCACCCUCUACGCUCAUCUCGAGGUUUCCCAUUAUUCGUGUUUGCUGAUCGAUUACUGUCCCGGUGGGGACCUACAUGCCUUACUUCGUAAACAACCGGAGAAUCGUUUCCGAGUUAACACGGUUAGGUUCUUUGCGGCGGAGGUGCUGGUGGCGUUAGAAUAUCUACACGCGCAGGGAGUGGUUUACCGAGAUUUGAAGCCAGAGAACGUCUUGAUUAGAGAUGAUGGACAUAUUAUGCUGUCGGACUUUGACUUGUGCUUCAAAGCCGAUGUGGUCCCCACCAUCGAAACAACAACAACCACCACGUCAUCGGUUAUCAGGUCAACGAUGUCGAAGAAAAAGAGCCGUUAUCGUUACUAUUACGGCUGUUUGGGGAGGCGGCGCCGCUGGAGAAUGGAGCGGAAAGUGGAAGUGAAGAGGGAGUUUGUGGCGGAGCCCACGGCGGCGUUCUCGAAAUCGUGCGUGGGAACACACGAGUACCUUGCGCCGGAAUUGGUGAGUGGUAACGGUCACGGUAAUGGAGUAGACUGGUGGGCCUUUGGGGUGUUCAUGUACGAGUUAUUGUACGGGCGGACGCCGUUUAUGGGUCCGACUAAAGAGGCUACACUGCGUAAUAUAGCAUCGUCCAGGCAAUUUAGGCUCCCGGGGAGUGCUGGGGAGGAGGGGGAAGAGGAGGCCAGAGAUCUUAUACACAGGUUGCUAGUGAAGGACCCGAGGGGGAGGCUAGGGUGCGCUAAGGGUGCCACUGAUAUCAAGAGGCACCCUUUCUUCGAUGGGAUCAAGUGGCCAUUAAUACGCACGUAUAGACCACCAGAGGAGGUCCGUGGUUUACUGGGGCUGAGGAGGAAAUCGACGCUUAUGAGCAGUAGGGUUUCUGCAACUUGUUCAUCUUCAUCAUCAAGGAGAAGGCAUUGGCCUUGGACUUGGAAGGGCUUGGGAGAUCUUCUGAAGUCAAGGAGGGUUUCCAAAGUGACUUUAGAUAUGAACUACCAUUAACGGUAAGAGUAGGAAAUGGAUAGCCUUUGUUUUUCACAUGAAUUUCGGUUUUCCUUCUUUUUCUCUCUGUCUGUAUUAUGAUCUUGAGGUCAAUCGGCGGUAGUUGUAUGUAAAUAUAGUGUAACCAAAGAGAUAAUUCCAUAGAAGAUCUUUAUGAUA